UUUGCCUAUACACAACUUUAAUGAACAUAUUCGUAUUACAUCACGAUAUAAUAAGAUAUCAAAAAACUAGCACAAUAACGUGCUGGUAUGAUAUAAUCGUAAAACCUUGAUCGUAUUACCAUUCAUAUAGUCUCAAUUUUGUCAAACAAAUAUUAUGUUUUAUUAAUAUCAACAAUCGGUAAAGAAACACCGAAAGAUACAGUAUCAUUUUUAAAGUAAUACAAUUAUCCCAGUAGAUAAGAUACAUCUAAAGAUGUAUAAUAUUAAUCUAUUAAUAACAAAAAAUAAAACAAAAAUCUUCAAAUUAAUACGAACUCUACUUUAUCGACAAUACAAUAGCCGACGAAAGUUACAAAGUUUCUCAGAAGGUCGCGCAAAUGACAACAACGUAAAACUAUAUACAACAGAUACGAUCUGUAAAAAAUCACAAUUUCGAUGGUAGUAACGUAAGACGUACUACUACAGCAUUUCUCACUCAUCGUGACGCUGCGAAGUGUGGCGUGAGUUAGGAAUUCGAUUCGAUUGAACUUUGUACAAAUAGUUAGGUAGUAGCGAACGUGGAUCAUAUGAUUCAUACUUUUUGUGGAAUAAGAAGAAUACAGUGCCAAUCAAUUUUUUUUAUUCUACAAUACAGGAGCCGAAUUAGUGAUCGCUCUAAUUAUUAUUUACUACAAUUAAGAUUGUAACCUCUGACAAACGGAAGAAGUUUUGGAGAAGAUCCUGCCCUUUCACUCGCACUUUUGAUAUAACGGAUCCAUUCGACGAAAAAAAAGUGAAACAACACUAUAAAGUCGAGCCGUGAAAAACGCUCGACGAUCAAAGCUCAAAGGAAUGGUACCAAAAUGGUCGUGGAUCGUCUUUAAUCUCUUUAUAUACGCUAUAGCUACAUCAUAUGAUGAUAAUGCCAAAGCUGCCAUAGAAUUUACGGAACUCGGUUACGAAGAUAUUUGUUAUGAUGCAGCUAUUGCUGAGUGGUUAUUCAUCAAUUCAUCAUUAUCAGAUCAGACAACGUAUACGACAUGGGAAGAAAAACAAAUACAAUAUGGAAACUACAAAAAAAUUCAAAGAGAAGAAAUUCACAAUAUUUCCAAAAUAAUUCUAAGCGAUUCCUUACUUGUAUAUAAGUACAAUGUUAUUGAAAAACCAGGUGAUGCUUUACUGGAUGAAAAAGAUUUCAAAAAGCUGGUGCACUUUGCUAAUAGUGCUGAAGUUUUACGAUUAUCGGUUAAGAAUAUUGACAAAACAAAUAAUUAUUUGCGUGAAGACUUUGAACGAUUAUUGUCGCAUAAUGGACAUGAGAAUGAUAAACUUAAUGUUUGGAAAUCUUGGUAUCAAGAAUUAAAUCCACUUGUUAAAAAUUUCUCUUACAUUCUCUCGCUCACUGAGAAAGCUGCUAAAGCAAAUGAUGUCGAUAAUGUAAAAGAAUAUUGGGAAAUGUUAUCAGUAUAUCCAAAUGGUUAUGAAGACAUCAAAACUCAGUGGAAUAGAAUUUCAAGUCUUCAUAAAAUCAUAUUAGAAUUUGCUCGGACUCAUUUAUCCCACAAAUAUGGAAUUAAUUUAACUGAAACUAUCCCAGCUCAUUUACUUGGAUCACUACAAGGACAAGAAUGGAGUACUUUUUCCAUAGAUAUGUCACCAUAUUCGGAAAUAACAUAUAAUAUAAGAAAGAAUCUGUGGAAAAAGAAACUCUUUGGAAAAUCUCUAUAUAAAGCAGCAUCUAAUAUGGGCACUAUAUUAUUAGGUCAAGUACCACAAUCUAAUUUUUGGAUUAAAAGUCAAUUUCAUUGCCAUUGCCCGCCUAAGCUAAUAAAUUUUUGUAAAGAUGGAAUUACACGAAUAUCCACUUGUUUUGAACCAACUAUUGCAAAUUUUCUCUUAGCCCAUAAAAAUGUCGGAAAAAUCUUAUUUCAACAAAUAUCUGUUCCAAACACUCCAAUUCUCAACAUAGCUAAUAGAUAUUCUGUUUUAGAAGAAGCCUUAUCUGAAUUAUUUGGAAUUUUAUCCGUUAGUCCGGUAUGGUUACAACGUAAUCACUUGAUUUAUAAUAUAAGCGAUACAGAUCAAAAAAUUAUUUCUUUGAUGAUUACUGCAUUAGAUGUAUUGCCACGGUUAGCAUACUAUAUAUCUGCAGAUAUAUGGAGAAUUAAUGCUAUAGAAAAUAAUAUUACAGACUCAACAGAAUUGAUAAAAUCUUGGUGGAAACAUAAGUUAGAAUUUGAAGGAAUUAGUGAACCUGAAUCUAUGAAUACACCAACAUUUUUAAAUGAUGAAUAUAUUACAUAUAAUAAGCCAUAUCUUUCUAAAUUUGCUGGAAUACUUCUUGCAUUUCAAAUUUAUGAACAUAUUAUGGAAUCUACUGAAGUUAGAUAUGAUAUUAGUACAAAAAAAAUAAAUUCAAAUCUAAUAAAACUAAUUCAACAAGGAUCAGCAGAAAAUUGGAUAGAUGCAUUGAGCAAAUUGUUUGAAAUAGAUGAUAUAUCAAUAUAUGCCCUUACAUCUUUUUUCUCACCAUUAGAAAGUUUUAUUGAGGAACUAAAUGAAGAAGAAAUUGAUCAUAAUUUUGAAUCUAAUGGUGAUGCUGAGCUCGAAGAAGUAGAACGAAUGAUUAUUGAAGAAAUGAAUGCUCCAACCACAACACCUACUACAACUACAACGACAAAAAAAAUUCGAACUACAUUAUCAACAACAACAAAAUAUACGCAGAAAAGAUUUAAUGAUUCUGCAAAAUUUGUGAAACCUAUAGAAUUUGACUUAUCUUCUAAUAUCCAAGCUGAUAAACCAAAAAGUGAUACAGAUUCUGAAACUAAACAAACUACUGUAAAUCCGUAUGAGCAAUCAUUUGACUUCAAUAAUUUAGAAAAUGAAGAUGAAAAGAAACCAAAGAUGCAUACCAGUAAAGCAGUAUGGGCCGUUUCUGCAGUUCUUAUUGCAACAGUAACUAUAUGUAUUAUUGCAAUAUUUGGUAGACAAAGAUGUCGUAAAACAUCUAAAAAUAGGCGCUAUGUAUAAUAUUACUAUUAACGAUAUGGCAAAAUAUUUAUUUUUUCGCAUGUAAGAAUCUUUUGAUUCAUGUAAGUUAUUAUCACCAACAAAAUCUAUUCAGAAAUAGAUUAAUUUUUUACUUACAAUCUUUCAUACAAAUACGCACAUUCCCUAAUUCUUUUUUUUUUGCCUCAAGAAAAGAUUGAAAAAAUUUAACAUCUCAAUUUUAUAAUUUAUAAAAAGUAAUUGUAAUUACAUGAAAAAUAAAUUUAUAUAUUCAUAAAUAUAUACUUUUGGUGGUAAAAAUCUGGAAUUCUCAGCAAGACACUUCUAUUUAUAUGCUGUGCAUAUAAAUAGAAAUAAAAGAUGAAUUUCAAAUAAAUUGAACAUAAUUCAUCUAUUAUGUAAAAGAAACUAAUUUAAACCAACAGGGUAUUUAUGCUAAAAAACAAAGAGUUAAUUUAUAACUUUAAGUUACUAUUAUCAUAUAUCUAUUCUCUUAUAACAUAGUCUUAUAAUUAUAGCUUGAUGUUAAAAUUAUAAUUUAAGUAUAAAUCUUAUAAU